AUGGACGUCCUUAUCCAUCUUUCUACAUUCAUAUUAUUCGCUUGUUUUGACGCGUUUUUAUUCUUCUUUUUGUGUGUUCUGCUUUUUUCCUUCUUUUUCCCUUUUUUUUCUCUCCUUUUCCUUUUCUUUUUCUGUCGCCCACUUCCUCUUCUCUGUUUCUAUUUAUGGUCCACUUUUUCUAUUUUCUUUGAGGUCUUUAUUUCUUUUUGUCCUUUUUCAUCACAUGUUGCCCUUUCCUCUUUUUUCUUUUCCGUUACCCAGUCUUCACUUCUAAAAGACUUUUCCUUUUUCUUUUAUUUCUCUUUCUUUUGCCGUCUCCUCAUUCUCUCCCCUUUCUUUCCCUCUCUCCCCGCUUUUAUUUCCCCGCUAACGAGCAACCACCCUUUCCCACUCUCGUCAUCACACAGUCCCUUCUCCGUUCUUUCGGAUAUGCCAACCUAUUUUUUAUUUCAUUUUACUUGGCGUUUUUCUUUAAAUUUUUUCUUCUUCCCUUCAUAUUUCUUCUUUACAUCGAUCCUCUCUUUAAUUCUUUCUCUCCGUCUCUCUCUCUCUCUCCACUUCCUUCCUUCCUUCCUUCCUUCCUUCCUUCCUUCCUUCCUUCCUUCCUUCCUUCCUUCCUUCCUUCCUUCCUUCCUUGUGUUUGUGAUCGAAGCCAUGAUUUUAUUACAGACGAAUAUUUCGAGAAGGCUAAUAUCAUUUUAUAUUAGGAUUUGUGUGGCCUGCCUAUCUAUCUAUCUAUCUAUCUAUCUAUCUAUCUAUCUAUCUAUCUAUCUAUCUAUCUAUCUAUCUAUCUAUUACUGUCUUUCUUUCUUUCUUUCUUUCUUUCUUUCUUUCUUUCUUUCUUUCUUUCUUUCUUAUUUUGUUGACGUUUACAGCAAUAAUGCCCCCUCCCGCACCUUCAUAUGUAUUUUUUUUUCUGUAUUCCUUCCUUUCUUUUUGUUUCCGGUCUAUCACGAAAUUCUUUCAUAUUCUUCUUUUUUUCUUAUUUGUCAUUGUUUUGCUCUCGCUUGUUCUCUCAAUGUAUCGCGUCAUCUCAUUUCUCUCUUUUUGCGUAAUGCAUUCUUUGUCUCUCAUUCUUUUCUCCUCCAAAUUAAUUUCAUUUGUGCUUCGUGUCAACAUCUUACUUUCACUUUUACAAAUUUUCUCUGUCUCUUUCCUUCUGCUUCCCGACUAUUUGAUCUAUCUAUCUAUCUAUCUAUCUAUCUAUCUAUCUAUCUAUCUAUCUAUCUAUCUAUCUAUCUAUCUAUGUAUUAUAAGUUUGUAUAUCUUAAGAGACAGAUACUCAUACAGACUGACAGAUCUAUCUAUCUAUCUAUCUAUCUAUCUAUCUAUCUAUCUAUCUAUCUAUGUAUUAUAAGUUUGUAUAUCUUAAGAGACAGAUACUCAUACAGACUGACAGAUCUAUCUAUCUAUCUAUCUAUCUAUCUAUCUAUCUAUCUAUCUAUCUAUCUAUCUAUCUAUCUAUCUUAUUCCAUUUGUAUUUUUAAGUUCUCUGAUGAGCAAACCAUCUAUCUAUCUAUCUAUCUAUCUAUCUAUCUAUCUAUCUAUCUAUCUAUCUAUCUAUCUAUUUUCGUACCUGCUUGUCGCUUUAAAUGCCAUCUUCCUUUGCCGUUUCUCCACCCCUUGUUCGAGACUAUCCCUUCCCUGGUCCUUCCUCGAAAGACCGCCAAUAAACUGACAUUUGCUUUCAUCUUGAUCGAUCGAUUUUCCGGCCAUUCUUCACGGCUGCUGGCCGGAAGAAGCGUGCGUGUCUGUUCACAUCUGCACCUCCAUUCUCUUCUACCGUCGCGCCUUGAAGCACUUUCAGAACCUUCUCCUCUUUCUAUAUCUAAAAACAUUCUAUCUAUUGAACACUCUUUCCCUCUCCCCUUCUUUCUUUACCUCUCUCUAUAUAUACACAUUCAAAUCAUUUUUAUCUUUCGAUGCGAAAGCUUUGUUCAUUUUCAUUUCUUUUUUCUUAAAAGAUUCUUUCUCUUCUUUAUCUUCUUCAGUUGGAACAAACUCUUUUUUACUCCAUUUUCCCUAUUUUCAUUAUCAACCAAAUGGAACAGAAAUGUUUUUCCUGUAUUAUUUAAUCAGUCUAUAAACACGACGCCAUUUUCAUUUUCAUUGUCCUCUGAUGUUCUUCAUAACAUUUUUGACCUCUAA